AUGAGCAGUUUGAGCAAAUGGGCGGGGGAGGUUGUGUGCCAAGAUGCAGGUGUGGGCGGCAUUGGAAGGUUCAUUGGGUGCCAUACUGUGGAGCCAUGCUUUGUUUUGGGUUGCUGCAUGUUCUGCCAGCCUCUCCAAUCGAUCGGGUCACGUGUUGUUGACCCAUUUCAGACGUGGUUAUUUUCAAGUACGUGUAAUGUCUUUCGGCAAAUUGAAUACAUGGUUUACCACGUCUUUGAUCCCAAAAAGAGACAAAAAGUUCUCAUUUUGCUUCGGGAAGAAGGGAAAGCUCCCAAUUCUGUUGUGGAAGGUGUCCUCGGACAAGGCAGUAUCAAGAAUUUGAGGCAUUUUGAUACUAAAUUGACGUUUUGCGGUUAA